UCGGUCGAAGCCUACAUGCCGCACGAGGGGUAGGAAACGGCUCGCACUACUCCUCUCUCCGUCGAAGAUCUAGCGCAGAAAUGCUUCUCCUUCCUUCUCUUCUUCGCUCAUAGGGCUGCUCGAUCCCUCAAUUGCAGAAAAAUGCUGUACGAGCUCCUCUUCCUACCUCUGUGGCUCGGUGGACUGAUUGCAUAAUAUAUUUAUCUGGGCAUCAUAUUUGUGAAACGAGAAGAUGCAUCAUUAGAGGCUGGGUCUCAUGGCUAAAGCUGCUAUCUUUGAUUCUUCAUUGGCAGCUGACAUCCUUCCUGUCGGAAGGUGUCAGUCUAGUUUGAAAAUGAAAAGGAAGACUCCCUCUGAACUUAGGGGUGAACAGUUGAAACGGAAGAAUGGAGUUAUACAUUCAGAUGAAAAAAAUGCUAAGAUGCUAUUGUCUGAAAGUGGAGCAGACAAUGAACUUAAGAAACCUGAAUGGAUUAAGGCUCCUAGAUAUAUUGACACUAGGGUUAGUGAGGUGUAUCCCGUGAGGAAAUCAAGUGAGAUAUUUAGAGUGCUCCGUGGAAAAGACAAAAUUAAGGAUGUUGCAUCUAACAUUGAAAUUUCGAAUGGCCUUGAUAACCCAUAUGUUGUUGAGAACUUUCCAUCCGAGAACAUAACUUCACUCUCAAGAUGUAAAGUUGAAUCUUCUGCAAAUUUGGAGAGCUCUGAAUCAUCUAGCAAAGCAUUUGAUGACCGAGGUUUUAGGAAGAUUGAAAAGUGUAGCCAAAUUGCUUUGCGUAAUGUUGUUGAGAUUCACCUAGGUGAUGCAAAGCCAUUAGAUUCUACAAAAGUUGAUAUUGAGAAAGCACUGAAAGGAUUGGUUGUUCGAGAUAAAUCUUCCAUACCUGGUUCAUUUAUCGGUGCUUCUAGCAUUAAAAAUGAUCUACCUGCAGCUUAUGUAAGAAAAUUAUCUCCUGAAUUUCACAUAUCAGGACGUAGGGCUCCUUUAGAUUUUACCUUAAAAACCACUCUACGGUUCAUCUCUGCAUCAUCAGUAAAGUGGUGUCACAGAGUAAAUGCUACCCCUGCUUUCUUUGAAAGUGAGCAACACACUUAUAAUUAUCUUUCCAACACGGACCAACAAACUGCUUGUAAACUAGGACACGGUACAUCUACUGAAGUUAUGUAUUCUAAAGCUAUACAAUCUUGGGCAUUUCCGCAAUCUCUAUUGCCUACUUCCAUCAUUAUUGCAAUGACUUUAUCUGCUACAAAAGGAGAAACAGAUUUUUUAUCACGAAGACAACAAGAUUGGGAGGAUUCUUUUUCAAACCUCUACUACAUGCUUCGAAAGAACAUUUGUAGCAUGUUUUAUGUUUGUACUUCACAGUUCGUCGUGCUAUUCAUUGGUAACAAGUCUUUGGGGAGGCGACAGUCUUGCAGUGCCUUUCUUUCUCAAUCUACUCGUGGUUUGAGAUCCUUGCUCAGAAAUCAUAAUGUUUGUUUCUCCAUGCCUCUUUGCCAUCUUGAAGUUGAACAUGCUAAUGAGGAUGAUUUGGCUGAACUCUCAGAAAUUGAACAACAAAACUUAGGGAAGGCGUUUCAUCAAGAUUCUAUUUCUGGGGUGGACAAUAGCCCUCAGUCUCUCCUUGCAUUUAUUGGAAACACAAAUGUCCAUGGGUUAUAUGAUUUUCUAUUGAACUAUAGGUAAACUCUUCUGAACUCUUUAAAUAGUAAUGAUGUUCCAGCAUUAUACGCCCCUGUUCCAUUCCUUAAUGCUUCUCUUUGUAUUCCAGAGGUGAAAUGCAAGGAGAUUAAAAGAGCUGAUGCAGUUUUUGACUCCGAUGAUCAUCUAAGCUUAUCUGAAAGCCCUCUAUGUUACAACAUAGAAGUUAAGGAUACAGUUCUACCUCCGUGGGUGAUCUGCAGGCUAUGUGCAGCAAUGAGUGCAACUGGAAAUACAUUUGAAUCAAUCUUCACGACAGAACCAUUGUCAACUGGGUUAAACAUUGCGCUUCAAUCUUUCUGUCAGGAGAAACCGGAUCAGCUUGGGAGCUACGACGCUUCCAUGCCUGAGAGUGGAGAUGUUCUAUGCCUUCCCGAGGCUGCUUUGGUUCCGUGCUUGCAAUCUGCUUCUUUGAGGCGUCUCAAGUACUGCGAAGGUUCUUUUAUCGCCUAUGUCGAUCAAAUAUGACUUCUAUUACCAAUCAUGUAAUGAUGUCCAUCCUUUCACAUCCUAAACUUUUGUGGUUUCAAAAUUUUGAAUCAGUUUUCAAGGAGGUUAUCUAGUUUGGUUCAUCACUCACAUCAUAAACUUUUGUCGUUUCAAAAAUCAAGCAUCUCGUCAUGCUUCAAGCAUAUAAAUAUAGCAUCAAAUGAAUGAUCUGUACAGUGAAAUCA